CAUAAGAAAGAUGCUCUGAGGAGAACAAAUCUGUUCUUCAAGCUGCCACCGAGCCCGUGCACGAGUCAUGUCUUUUACCUACGUCUUUCCUGACAAUUACUUUGAGGAAUCGAAUGAAACGCUCGACCUCGAUCCAGACACGUUAGCAUGUAAGCUGAAGCCUCUGGAGCCCGCAGCAGCUGUGGCCGUGGGCGUCCUGCUCAGCGCCAUCUUCCUACUGGCAAUACCAGGAAACCUGUUGGUGGGGUGGGUGAUCAGCACCAGCAAACAGCCCCUGACCCCUUCGGAUGUGUAUCUGUUUCAUCUGACGAUAGCCGACGGCCUGAUUGCGCUCACCCUCCCGUUCUGGGCUGUGGCGGUCGUCCAGGGAUGGCUCUUCGGAGGCUUCAUGUGCAAACUCCUCAACCUCGUCAUCGAAGCCAACUUCUACAUCAGCAUCAUCUUCCUGGCCUGCAUCAGCAUCGACCGCUACCUCCUGAUUGUGCACGCCAGUGAGACUCUCAACAGCCGCAUGAGGAUGUGCAGCCGGCUCCUCUGCGCAGCGGUCUGGGCCUUCGGCUCGGCCCUCAGCCUGCCGGCGCUUUUCUAUGAAGCCAUCAAGCUCGACGAUGACUCGGACCGGAUGAUCUGUAUUGAAGUCUUUGACAUCGGCAACGCCAGCUUGUGGAGGGUCGCCAUCAAUGGGUUCCGCCACUUGUUUGGCUUCUUGCUGCCUCUGGAUGUCAUGAUUGUCUGCUACAGCAUCACCACGGUGAGGUUGCUGCGCACACGUGGUUUCCAGAAGUACCGGGCCAUGAAGGUCAUCGUGGCCGUGGUGAUUGCGUUCCUACUCUGCUGGAUGCCGUACCACCUAACCAAGAUCAUAGACGUGCUCCUGAGGGCAGAUCUGAUCCAGUUUGACUGUGCGAUGAGGACGUCGGUGAACCAGGCUCUGGUGGCGACCAGCAGUCUCGCUCUGGUGCACAGCUGCAUCAACCCGGUCCUCUACGCCUUCGUGGGCGAGAAGUUCAGGAAGAAAGUGCUGCUGCUUUUCCAGAGGAAGGUCAGAAAGGAGAGGGCCACAUUGUCAAGGUUCAGCAGGUCCACGUCUCAGACCUCAGAGGGAAACGGAGCUUUUCUUUAGAGACUUUUCACAUUUUUAUUUGCUAAGGGUUUUUAUUCCAGGAAGAAAGAGUUAUGACAAGUGCAAGAUGUUCAAGAAAUGCAAGAGCCCCCCCCCCUCUGGAAAAACAGUCGUUGGUCAUGCAAUUCGGUAACGCUAGGUGGCAGUGUCACGAAAACCUAAGUCUACAAUAUAAUCAAUUAACCUAUAAAAGUCAUAUUUAUCUGUAGUUUGAUUCCCCCGCAGGAUGUUUUCAGUUCUGUCUCUGUGUGGCUCACUGCUGCCACCUGUUGAACUCACUGUUACAAAGUACAUCCACUAUUCAAAACUUUGAUCUCCAGUCUCUGAUUUAAUCAACGUGUUUAAUAUUUGCUGCUGAAGAGUGGAUCAGCCUUUAUGCCUGUUUUUACUGUACCAACUGCUCCCAUGUUCUGUUUCUUUGUCUUUAUUUAUGUAUUUGAUGAAUACUCAAGCUUUAAAGUUUGUAUCUAUCUAGUUUGUGUCUGUUUUCAAUAAAAGUAAAAAGCUGUGCAACCUUCUUUCAGAUUUAUUCCUGUAGACUUGAAGCUGG